AUGGUGGAUCACUUGCCGCUUGGUGAGGAGACCUUCCUGUACUACACCAGCUCGUCUGGGUCUAACUGCAGCUGCCUCUGUCGUCAGGCCAAUGGUGGCGUGUCGCCAGGCAUGAUGGUAACUGAUGCGUGCAGUUUUCAUCACCACCACCACCACCACCACCACCACCCUUACCAAGGGUUGACAGUCUCCUCUCCUCACCUCUCGGAGGACGACCUCAGUGACUCUUCCAGCCCUCGUUCGUCCCUGUGCUCCAGCCCCGAGUCGUCAUCGCCAGUUUCGCGGCACCUCCUGAGCUCCGCGCACAAUGACAGGAGCAGCAGGAGCAGUGGGAGCUGUAGCUCCUCUUCAACAGGAGAAAGUCAAGACAGCCUGCUGGAGCUUCUCCUCUCACAGAACUCUCUUGCCAACUCAGUGAGCCAUAGUUCAGGAAGCUGCAGCUCCUUGUCCUCUUCAUCUUCCUCGCUGUACGCGCCACAGCCACUUGCCUCCGCUCUCGCCGCACCUCUUAUACCAACGGGCCUUACCUGGGAGUCCAGGAGGGAGCAGCGGCUGAGUCUCCUCCAGCAACAAUCCAAAGAGGACUGUUAUGAGUUCCCCGUCUUCCUUGAUGAGAUGCAGGAUCCUACGGCGCUCCUCUUUCAGCCCACGCUGGAGGAGAUUGAGGAGUUCCUGGAGGAGAACAUGAUGGUGGCCAUGCAGAAAGGAGAGGAGGGGAGUGAUGAAGCAAUGUCGCCAACAUCGAAGGAAACAUCAGAGGUGGAAGGUUCAAGGACAAUAAAAGUAGAUCUGGUGUCGAUGCCACAGAACUCCGACCAAACUGUUCCGGUGGUUCCAUCUCCGCUCUCAUCCUUCUCAGAGACCAAACAUUCACCAUGUGCUUCAGACCUGGACAGCCCGCUGUCCACUGUGGAUGCUAACUGUAUAGCAUCUUCCAGCUGUCAGAUUGAUGAGAUCAAAGAGGAGGACUGUAGCCUCUCACCAGCCUCAUCAGAAGGAGCCAGCGCUGCUUCUACUGUGCCUGUCAUCCUACAGAUCCAGCCCAUACAGAUUAAACAAGAGCCAAACUCUAGCACCAUAACAGAUGAUGUCAAUCAUCAGGCCCAAACACAGAAAGCCCAGUCUCAGUCCCCUUCGGAUAUCAAAAUUGCCCAGCUCCUGGUCAACAUCCAGGGGCAGACCUUUGCUCUGGUGCCUCAGCUGCUUUCACCAGCCAAUGUCAGCGGCUCCAAUAAAACCAAAGGUGCUUCUUCAUCCAAGUUUGUCAGGAUAGCACCUGUUCCCAUUGCUGCUAAACCCACCGGGCUCGGGGAUGUUGGUAUAGAUGGAGGUUGUGCCGCCGGUGUCCUGGCUGGAGGACAGAGGUAUCAGAAGAGUGCAGUGGCCGACCUGAUUAAAAUGCACAAGUGCUCUUUUCCUGGCUGUAAUAAGAUGUACACCAAAAGCAGUCAUCUCAAAGCUCACCUGAGGAGGCACACAGGGGAGAAACCCUUCGCCUGCACAUGGCCCGGCUGUGGAUGGAGGUUCUCCCGUUCCGACGAGCUGUCCCGACACCGCCGCUCUCACUCGGGAGUGAAACCGUACCAGUGCAUCGUAUGCGAGAAGAAGUUUGCUCGCAGUGAUCACCUGUCGAAACACCUCAAAGUCCACCGCUUUCCACGAAGCAGCAGGACAGGCCGCUCUGCAAACUGACCCCCGCGACCCGCUCUGACAGACUGGUGCAAAGCAGGAGGAGGGGGUAGUGAAGGUGUGUGUGUGUGUGUGUGUGUGUGUGCGUGUGUGUGUGUGUGUGAUCGAGGAAAGAUGGAGGCGAGGGGUCCAAACUCCCUAACUCCCUUUAAAGGAGUGUGUGUUGAAGAGGCCUUUUUUGCUAGUGUGUGUGCGUGUGUGUGUGUGUUCAGAUGCGAACGCUUGACGAACAUUCAUGGUACUGUGAUAAUUUAUUGGGUGGUGAGGAAAAGACUGUAAAAAGCUGAACUAAAGCAGAAAACUGUUACUUGACCUAACACCCUCACAGGUGGAAUAAGCUUCUUGUAUAUUACAAUGUUUAUUUUUCUCACUUAAAUCAUUAAUCAAACUAGAAGAGGAGAAAUUGCUUUUCAGUGGCCUUUUUUUUUUUUUUUUUUGGAAACACACUCAGUGUAUGUGUGUCAUGUGAGUCAAAAGCCAUGUGUUAAUACACAGUAAUGUCCUAAGAAUCCAGGCGGUUUGGGAAACUGUUUGUUGUUGGAAAGCAAUAUGAGAAAAAAAGUCUCAGCGAAUUUAUACUGAAUU